AGAAAAAGAGAAGAUAGAGAGAGAGAGAAGAAAGAGAAGAUAGAGAGAGAGAGAGAAGAAAGAGAAGAUAGAGAGCAGAGAGAGAGAGACAGAGAGGAGAAACAGAGAGGAGAAACAGAGAGG